AACCUCCAAUACAAGGCAAUGAGAACACUCACGAGACAAAGCAAGGAUUCUACCUUUUCUUUAGUCUAGUAUUCUAGCUCAGCUAUAUACUAUUAUUAAAAAACAAAUAACAAACACAAUCAUUGUCUUGAUCUUGCCCCUCACAACAUUCAGCAAAAAAAAAUCUUGCCACUCACAACUCCCACAUUUUCUCACCAAAAUAAUCUCUUAUUUCACCCUUUGUUAACACAACAAUGAAUCACUUCAAACCCAAUGACACAAGCAUUGACAUUGAACCCUUAAAGAGAAGAGUGUCUUUUGCGGAAUACCACCCAAAUGAACAAGAACCACCACCCCAUCAGCACCAACCCAAUAAUAAUAGUGUUCCAUUGCUCCUACAGCCAUCAUAUGCGAGAUCAAAGUCGGUGAUCUUCGAUGAACUGCGAAACUUUCGCAUCAGCCUCAGGUGGUGUGCCCUUGACCACUCUUCAUGCGCAGGAAAAAUCAUUUCCUACGCGACUUUCAUAUUCUUCACCAUCAUUGUUCCUCUUCUCGCGUCCAUCUUCGUCGAAAUCCCUGCCUCGGCACCAGAAGAUGACCCCAUCUCCUUCAACAAGCUUGUUCAACUGCCAAAAUCUGGUCUCGCCAUUAUUGCCUUUUUCACUCUCUCCGGUUUCUUCAAAAGGUAUGGCCUUAGGCAGCUUCUGUUCCUAGAUGCUUUGCAAGAAGACACCACCUAUGUUCGACGUGGCUACACACGGGAGCUUGAGAAGGCUUUCAGAUACUUGACAUGCAUAAUCUUACCUUGUUUAUUUGUGGAACUUGCCCACAAAAUCAUAUUCUUUUCAGCAGUUAAAUUUUCAGCCCCACACAUCAGCCCUGGGUUGCCACUGAACUCAAUUGUGUUUGUAUUGGUGUUGCUGUCUUGGCUGUACAGAACUGGGGUAUUCCUGUUGGUGUGUGUGCUUUUUAGGCUCACUUGUGAGCUUCAAAAGCUGAGGUUUGAAGGGGUGCACAAGCUGUUUGAAGGGUGUGGGUCUGAGGCAGGUGUGAUAUUCAAAGAGCAUGUGAGGAUCAGAAGGCAGUUGUGGGAUACAAGUCAUAGGUAUAGGUUCUUCAUAAUUGGGUGUGUGGUUACAAUCACUAUUAGUCAGCUAGGUGCUUUGCUGCUGGUUUUGGCUUCCAAGUCUGAUAAGACCUUCUUCAAUUCCGGGGACCUUGUGAUUUGUUCAGCUGUGCAGUUAAGUGGCUUCUUUUUGUGUAUUUUAGGAGCAACAAGAAUCACACACAGAGCACAAGGAAUAGUGGCAAUUGCCACAAGAUGGCACAUGCUUGUGACUGAAGCAUCUUCUGAAUCAAAGCAAUGCAAAGCUCGAGUGUCAGAAGGACUUGCUAGUGACAGUGAUUCUGAUGAUUCCUCCAACAUACAUGUGUCAGUGAUCCCAUCACAACUUUCUUCUUUCCAAACCAGACAAACUUUAGUGACGUAUUUACAACACAAUCAAAGGGGAAUAACGGUGUAUGGGUAUUCACUUGAUCGACGAUUUCUUCACACUCUGUUUGCCUUCGAGUUUUCUCUCGUGCUUUGGAUUUUGAGUAGGGUGGUUGUCUUGUCCUAACCUAAUAUUCAAGUCCCAAAAUAGGCUUUGCAUGGACCAACAAACAUGUAUUAGGAUACCUUUUCUAAUGGACUCCCUUUAUUUUUAAUUAUUAUUUUUAAGUUAAUUAUAAUGUAUGGUAAGUUUGUUUACACAAUCUUACAAAUUUGGAUUGUAUGAUGAGAAUUAUCUCCUACUUAUAUACACUAAUCAGGCAUCAUCGCUAGUUGAUGUGAGAUUUCUAAUAAUACCAUGAUGAUUUCUUA